AUGGCGGUGAGUGACAAGAAGUUUAAUGAAAUGAUGAUCCACAAUAAGAUGCUUGAAAACCAAAACUCUCAACUUGCCAAGGCUUUGAAAUACCAUGCAAGACCUUCUUCUUUACAUUAUCAAGGCCUAGACCCUAAGAUACCCGUUAAUGCCAUAGUAACAAGGAAUGGUAAGGUGUUUGAGGAGAGUUUGCCUAGUAAGAGCAAGAGUGAUAAGGGUGCCAAUGAGGUUUUAGUUGAGGAUGAGGGAGAUGGUACAUCUUUGAGUGAAGUGAUGUUAGAGCCACCCAAGAGUAGGAGGACUUGUGAUGCUGUGGAUACGGUGAACUUGACCGAGAAUUAUAGUGCAAUCAUAAUGAACAAGAUGCCUACUAAGCUAAAAGAUCUCGGAAACUUUUCCAUCCCUUAUGCCAUUUACAAAAUGCAAAUCGACAAUGCCUUUUUUGACCUAGGAGAUAGUGUUAGCCUUACCCCAUAUACGGUGUAUCAAAGAUUUGAACUAGGGGAACUCUUACCUACUAACAUCACCUUGCAAUUGGCCGAUAGGUCAAUCAAGUUUCCUAAGGGUAAGGUGGAGGAUGUCCCUUUGAGGGUUGGGAAAUUUGUUAUUCUAGUGGAUUUUGUGGUGCUUGAGAUGGACGAAGAUGCUAACAUUCCUAUUAUUCUAGGAAGACCCUUUCUUGCUACUUUGGGUGCUAUGACAAGAGUUCUAAAAUUUCACAUAAAGUAG